AUUGGUAAGAGUCACCUCAUUCCUUAUCUACUUGUUUCCUACAAUAUAAGUAUGUGAGAGACAUCACUUGAGCUCUCACAAGUACAUACUAAGAUUUCAAUUAUGAAGAAGCUCUUUCUCUCACUAUUUUUAUCUUCUCUUGUUCUAUCUCCCAAUGUUCUUUUACUUCAACCUGUUACAGCUUGGCUACACACCAAAUCACGUUGGAUAGUUGGUGAAGACAAUAUCAGAGUAAAGUUGACAUGCGUGAAUUGGCCAUCACACCUUGAACCCUUGGUGCCGGAGGGCCUGAACAAGCAGCCGGUAGACGGCAUUGUGCAACGGAUCGCAUCGAUGGGAUUCAACUGUGUUCGGCUAACUUGGCCGCUGUACAUGGUUGUCAAUGAAUCUUAUAGCACAAUCACUGUUCAGCAGAUGUUCCAGAGUCUUAAUCUUCAUGAUGCCCUUGCUGGGAUUGCAGAGAAAAAUCCUUCCUUGGUUCAUUUAAGCAUCUUAAGUGCUUACAAGGAAGUGGUGAACCGGCUUGGGAAGUACAAGGUGAUGGUUAUUCUGGACAACCACAUAACCAAGCCCGGCUGGUGUUGCAGUAGAAAUGAUGGCAAUGGCUUCUUUAACGACCCAUACUUCGACCCGGACGUGUGGAUUAAAGGCUUGACCCGAAUGGCUACUUUGUUCAACAACGUACCAGCAGUAGUCGGCAUGAGCCUAAGGAAUGAGCUCCGAGGAAACAGACAAAAUGUCAACGAUUGGUACAAUUACAUGCAGAAAGGAGCUAAUGCAGUGAACGCGGCAAAUCCGAACGUUCUCGUCAUACUUUCCGGGUUAAACUCAGACAAUGACUUAGCUUUCCUUGGAGGCAAGAAACCUGUAGUAAGUUUUCAAGAUAAGUUAGUAUUUGAGCUUCACUGGUACUCAUUCUCUGAUGGUCCUGCUUGGACUUACAAUUCAAACAAAGCUUGUGCAAUUACAACUAGGGAUAAAAUGAAAAGAGGAGGAGGAUUUCUAUUACAACAAGGGUUUCCAUUGUUUGUUAGUGAGUUUGGGGUGGCCCAAACAGGAGUGAAUGUUGGUGAUAAUAAGUAUUUUAGUUGCUUCUUUAGUAUUGCAGCUGAUUUGGAUUGGGAUUGGGCUAUCUGGACACUUGGAGGUAGUUAUUACCUGAGAGAAGGGAUAGUGAAUCAUGGUGAGAUUUAUAGUAUGUUGGAUGAAAACUAUGAUCAGCCUCGGAAUCUAAGCUUGAAGAAUAAGAUUACAUCAGGCCUCCAAUAUAUCUUUCAAGAUCCAGGAGCAGGACCCGUGAAUUAUUUGGUAAUGUACCAUCCAUCAACGGGCCUUUGUGUCCUAGAACAAUCAGAGACACAAACAUUGAAGCUAGGCCCCUGUGACAAAAGCCAAGCCUGGGACUACACAACUGAGAAGACUUUGCUGCUCAAUGGAUUAGGUCAACCAGCCAAUCCUGAAACAUCAUUAUGCUUACAAGCUGAUGUAUUAGGUCAACCAGCCAAACUUGGGAGAAACUGCACUGAAACUACUUCCAAAUGGGAGAAGAUAUCAGAUUCCGGAAUGCACUUGUCAAUUAAUGGCGCUGUAUGCUUGGAUAUAGACUCUAGCAAUACCAUUAUAACUAAUACAUGCAAGUGCUUGACUGAUAAUACAUGCGAUCCUUCAAGCCAAUGGUUUAAAUUAGUUACUAGCUCAAGAAGCCCAAAUGAUUCCUUACCUCAUAGACAUCAAACCUAACCUUGAGAUUUUAGGGAAUAGAAGAUGAUUGUAAAAGUUUUAUCAAGGAUUUUAAGUUCAAGCCCUUUGUUGUGUUUUUGGAAA